AUGGUUAAAACUAUCUUUGUUUCAGGAGCUACCGGGUUUAUAGCUCAGCAUAUAGUCCAACAACUACUUCAAUUGGGCUAUAUUGUUAUUGGAUCGGUUAGAUCGAAAGGUAAAGGAGAAGAUUUGCAAAAAUUGAUUAAUUCACCAAACUUUAGCUAUGUUGUAAUUCCAAAUUUAGUAGUAGCUGGUGCGUUUGACGAGGCCUUGAAGGCUCAUCCUGAAAUCAAAGUGUUUAUUCACACAGCGUCGCCAGUCGACUUUGAAGCAACUGAUUUCAAAAAUGAGGUUUUGGAUCCAGCAAUUGAAGGUACUAAAAACGUCUUAUCGGCAAUCAAGACAUUUGGUACAAAUAUUGAAACUUUGGUUUAUACAUCCUCAGUUAUAGCAAUUAUCGACAUUUUGGUAAAGCUUCCACGUCCUAUCCAGUAUAAUGAAGACUCAUGGAACCCAAUCACCUAUGAAGAAAGUUUCAAAGAUCCUUACACAGCCUAUGGUGGUUCUAAAACAUUUGCUGAGCGUGCCGUUUGGGACUUUGUUAAAAAUGAAAAGCCGAAAUUUACAGUUACCACAAUUCAUCCAACAUAUGUCUUGGGCCCUCAAGCUUACGAGGUCAAAAACAAGACACAAUUGAACUUUUCGGCUGAUAUUUCUGGUAAAUUAUUGAAUUUGAAGCCACUGGAUGAAAUUCCCGAAUUUUUCGGUGAUUACAUCGAUGUUAGAGAUACGGCAAAAGCACACAUUUUUGCAUUUGAACACCCUGAAAAGCUGAAUGGUGAAAGAUUCUUGUUGCGGGACUGUUAUUUUACUAAUGAUUCAUUAGUUGAGCUUAUUCGUAAGAAUUUCCCUCAGUUGCAAUUACCAAAAGGUGAUUUGGAGAAAAGUGCUCAAUUGAUUGAGGAAAAAGCUUUGAGACUUGAUCCAUCGAAAACGAAUAGUAUUUUGCAAUUCAAAUAUAUUCCUUUAGAGCAAUCGAUAAUCGAUUCAGUACAACAAAUACUAGAAUGCUGA